AUGGAGCAUGUCUCCUCCAGCACGCCGCGCUCCCCCGAGAAAGACGACGACUCUCCGGACACUUGGAGCGACGACGACUGCUUUGACGACGCAUUCGGUGACCUGGCGUCGCUGCCGGUGGAAACUAGUGAGCGAAGACCGACGUGUUUACGGUGCCGUCGUCCUCAGAAGGUGUGUCUGUGUCCCUUUCUACCCACACAACCCUUGGACGUUUCCACAUGUCUCUACAUCGUACAACACCCCGCAGAGGAGAGUAGAGUUCUCCGCACAGUGCCUCUUCUCGUCGCAUGUUUGCCACCAGGAAAGUGCAACGUCAUUAUCGGAAGGCGCUUUAACGAGGCUAAGAACCCAGAACUAGCAGAAGUAUGUCAAGACAGCCGAACUUUAAUCCUGUACCCGGGGCCCAACUCCCAGAAUCUGGAGGAGUUAAUACAGCGGCCAGAAGAGAGCGCCAUAACGCAUAACAUUAUCAUCAUCGACGGCACCUGGAGCCAGGCCAAGAACAUUUUUCUCAAAAACAGCAUGCUACACCUCCCCAGGCAGGUGCAGCUCAACAGAAGUCUAUCGAGCCAGUAUGUGAUCCGUACACAGCCCUCCAACAUCUGCCUGUCCACGCUGGAGUGCGCUGCGGUCACCUUAUCCAUCCUGGAGUGCAAUGAUAUCUUCCAAGAGGUGCUGCUGAAGCCACUGAAGGCCCUUUGUUCCUUCCAGCUGGAGCACGGCGCUCAGGUGCACCACAGCAAGGAGCACCUGUUAAAGAAUGGCAUGUAUGACAAAACUAUGCCGAAGAACAAGCGCAAGAUAAAAAGGCUGGAGAAGCUGGUGACAGACAACAAUUGCCUGCUGAGAUGA